UUCACACUCCCGACCUCGGAAGAAACACUUGCACAUCAGGAGCUUAGAAACUACCUCGUCGCGCUCGGCCAGGUCCUAACUGCGGAGGUUCACAGCAGGCCGCCACUGUCGGCACGCCAUAAUGGAUCCAGAGAGGGGAUCCAACGCCGGGGCCCAGGAGGAUCCGUCUCCUAACCACGAUGGAAGUGCCCGGGACGAGAGUCACGCUCACCACAACGGCCAGCCGACGACCAGAGUCCCUGAGGAGGUUCCCGAUGACGGCACCAAGCUGUCCGAGAAAGAGCCGCUGUUUGCCCACAAGGAAUUACCAACUGGAGAAGACGUUUUCGACUUCAGCAAAGCACCAAUGGAAACCCCGCGUCCUGGGAACGGGGAAACCCACCUCACCUUCGAGAAAGAGCCGGAAGUCAAGAGGCUCACCUCACAGAAGUCCUCGGACAAGGCCAUGUUCUACGGUGUCGAUGACAGCCCGGCGUGGUACUUCAGUGCUGUACUUGGCCUGCAGCACUACCUGAUCGUGACAUCGGGAGCGCUGAGUUAUCCCUUCGCCUUGGCUCCGGCUCUCUGCAUGCGCGAAGAAGACCCGGCGCGCGGAUACCUGAUCUCAACGAUCUUCUUCAUAUCGGGCAUAGGCACGAUCAUCCAGACAACGCUUGGCAUCAGGCUUCCUAUCAUCCAGGGUUGCAGCGUGACGUUCCUCGUGCCCAUUCUUGCCACCAUGGCCCUGCCAGAGUGGCGCUGUCCGACCGAGGAUGAGCUCAUCGCAGCACGUGAUCCGGACUCAGGCAUCACGGGCCCCGCCACUGACCAGGAGUGGACAGCCGUCUGGCAGGCACGAAUGAGCGAGAUCUCCGGCGCCAUCAUCGCGUCAGCGGCGUUCGAGGUGCUGCUGGGCUUCACGGGCAUCGUGGGUUUUCUGCUCCGAUGGGUGACCCCGCUGGGCAUCGCGCCCUGCAUCGCGCUGGUCGGCCUGUCGCUCUUCGAGGAAGCCGCUCGGCUGAGCUCCGGCAACUGGGGCGCCUCGUUCAUGAGCAUCAUACUCAUGACGAUCUUUUCGCAAUAUUUUCAAAACGUCACAAUUCCUGUUCCUGGAUGGGAGCGCGGCAAAGGCUUCUUUGUGAGACAGUUCGCCAUCUUUAAGCUUUUCCCGAUUCUGCUGGCGAUCCUGAUCUCCUGGGGAGCCUGCUACCUUAUGACCGAAACGGAGUACCUGCGUCCCGGUGAUCCAGCUCGAACUGACAUCCGCUCCAGUAUCAUCGAAAAGAGCCCCUGGAUACGAGUACCCUACCCAGGCCAAUUCGGCAUGCCCCGGGUGUCGUUGGGCGUGGUUCUCGGCAUGCUGUCAGCCAUCCUCUCGUCGGUGGUGGAAUCCGUGGGCGACUACUACGCGUGCGCAAGGCUCUCCCACGUGCCUGUACCACCGACGCACGCCAUCAACCGCGGCAUCUGGAUGGAAGGCCUUGGCUGCAUCGCGGCCGGCAUCUGGGGUGGUGGAUGCGGACUCACAUCAUACUCCACAAACAUCAGCAUCAUUGCCGUUACGAAGGUGGCCUGUCGAUCUGUAGUCCAGUGGGCAGCCGUCUUCAUGAUCGGCUUCGGUGUUGUGGGCAAGAUAGGCGCUCUGUUCGCAACCAUUCCGGACCCAAUAAUUGGCGGCGUGUUCUGCGUCAUGUUCGCCAUGAUUGCCGCAGUCGGUCUGUCAAGUGCACAGUGUGUAGACCUCAACUCAUCCAGGAACCUGUUCGUGCUAGGAUCGUCGUUAUUCUUCGGCCUCAUGGUGUCGCACUGGACGAGUAAACAUCCGGAUGCAGUUAAAACAGGCUAUGACGUUCUGGACCAGACAAUCGUGAUUCUCCUCAGUACAAGCAUGUUUGUUGGUGGCUUCUUGGGAAUAUUUCUCGACAACACAAUACCGGGCACACCCGAAGAGCGGGGCCUGGCCUCCGGAGGCCACCACGGCAACGUCGGGAGCGCUGGCGGUGCCGCGGACUCCACCAAGGACUGCUACGACUUGCCCUUCCUGCGGGCUCGCCUGGCGAACGCCGCUUUCUCGUACCUGCCCAUCAGCCCAACUUACAGCAAUGCCGCGCUGCUGCAGCGCAUCACGCCAAAGUUCGUGCGCUCCCUCUCGCGGAGGUCCAACAAGGCAGCCAGCGAGGCCUGAUGGCCUGGCUACACCGCGCUCUCCAGUGCUUGCCCCCUUCGUUACGCGCCUUGUGGGAGCGCGCACACCUGGCCUCUGCCGCUAGCGGCUAUUACACGCGCUUCCUCAGUCACGAGGCUCCGAGAUCAAGUCGGCGUGCCAGGAACCUCGCAUACAACUACUGAUGCGGACUUGCGCGAAAGGGCACCACCGCCCGCAGGAAAAGUGAUGUGAACGCUGCGAAUAUACAUAUGCCAAGGACAAAAGAAUGCAUUCGAGGAAGGUGCGAUGUGAUCUGGUGAAAAAAACGCCUGGUGGAAGGGCAUUCACACGUCAUAACAAGCGUGCGUGCAAAUACAUUUAAGAAAUUUUCGAGUGUUUAUCACCGUUGGCUCACUGCAAUUCUGGCGUUGGGACUCUCUUCUAAAUAUAGCGAACCUAUCCAGCUUUUCUGGACACGAGGGUUUAGUUCGCGUGAGUGCCACCACGUGGCGUACUGACCUUAAAUUUUUCAAACUUCCAGUGGUGACGCGGUGAUAACGUGAACAAAACAAAAAUAAAGUAAUUAAAAGCUAUCCCUGGGCAUCGAA